UUGUGUGCCCGCUGAGAUGUUGAUGUCAGUUUAAUACAAAUAGGAUAGGGGUGCCAUAUACGUGAUCAUGAAUGAAUUACCAUAGAAGUAUUAAUUUGAAUGAAUCUCAGAUAUCCAUGAUUUUAACAAAACUUCAAAACAAAAUAUUAAUAAAAAUUGUGAAGUCGUAAAAAUUUGACUCAAAUGGAAGAUAAAAAGCUACACCCAUCAAAAUCAACCCUAUCAGCAGCAAUCAAUUCUAUCCACUCUUACCACUCUAGCUUGCAGAGCAACACGACUCUGCAAAACGCAUUUCAGGAUCACCACAGUACUGGACAGGGCACCCACCUCAACUCGAUCGAUUCCCGCCUGCUGGAAAUGGAUAUGAAAAUAAAUCGCCUCGAAUACACCUUCCAGGAAGCAUUCACGAGGAUGGAGCAGCACCUGGAACAAUGUUACCAAGCGAUCGAACAAGUCAACGAAUCAAUAGUCAAGCUGACGCGAAAAGAUCCCGCUCUGGAGGAACAGAAUGUUGUUGUUAAUGUGAAAUUAGGAGGGAAAGAAAUUAAAUUAACUAGAAAUCCAGGAUCGAAAGCGGAAUCAUUAACUGAAAAAAUCUUGACCAGUUCAUCGUCGGAAACAAGUGGAAAAGAAGAUCAGUCACGAUUAGGAAGUGUUUUCUCUAAACUGAAACAUCGGAUGAAAAACGCUUUCAGUGUUCCUUGCAUCGUAACACCAAUCUUCGAGAUCUAUCCGGCAAAAGUGUUCUCCAAAACAACAAAGUAGGAUCAGAGUAGGCUGUACACUUCGUUGAAACGAUUGCUUUUGAUCUGUCAAAUUUUCAAAUCAGGAAGAAAAAUUCCCGUUCACAAAUUAAGAUGUCUUUGCAAGAACUAUUUUUCAACAAUCAACAAAUGGGUUCGAACGAAUCACUGAAAACGACGGAGCUUACAUCGUCAGUGGAAACAGUCCGGCAGAAUUCAGUGGAACUUUUGAAUACCGAAUCGUUUGAGCAAACUCCAUUCAUACAGCAUCAAAUCAACACUAUUGAAAAUCGACUCGCAGCAGUUGAGGAUAAGUUGGAAAGAGUGAUGGCAUCCUGCGAGGAUUUCGUCAAGUGGGUCAACGUUGAAGGUCCAUCGGAGCUGCAGACUACACUGAACUUCGAUGGCGAUUACGUCGAGCUGCCGAGUGUUGUUGAUCUUCGAACUCAUUAUAAGUCAAAUGCGGCCUCUCGAAAUGAAAGUCCGUAGCGAGUCUAAUAUGUCUGAGGAUGAAAUAUGAAGCAUUCGGAAAAGUUAGGACAUUUGACAGAUUUGAAUGAAUAAAAAAAAACUUUCCACCGUGUACACUUUGUUUCCAAUCAUUUACAUCAUACCUGAAUUCUAAACAACCAAAGAAAAGAAACCUCAUUCUACAUUUCAGCUGCGGACUACACUCAAUAGUUGAGCAACAACAAAAACACUCAGCAUAUAUGCUUUAAAUGCCAAAACAAACCUACGGAGAAGUGAUUCGAAACAAAUGCUGCGUGCCGUUCCCAGCUCUUCUCAACAACAGCCCCCCCACCGGGUCCUACCAACAUUGAUGAAUAUUAUUUUGUACCUCGGAACGGACGGGA